CCCCUCGCCUGCCCCCACCCUCCUUCCCUUCCUCUCGCUUUCUCGGCGAGAGCGGCGUGCCUGCCUUUCCCAGAUGGCAGCCGGCAGCGCCAUGCAGCCUCCCGUUCCUCCUCCUCCUCGCCCUCCUCUCCGGCUCUAAGUCAAUGCCAUGCUGCCGCUGCUCCUCCCGGCACUGCUGGCCGCCUGCCUGCCGCCCUGCCAGGGCUGGAGCCCCUCGGCGGCUGCCAGCGGGCAGGAGGAGCCGGAGCAAGAGCUCUUCUUGCCCCCCGUCAACUCCUCCUCCCGCACCUUGGCCAGCCUGGAGAUGGACCUCGACGGGCCAGCGAGCAAAGAGGAGGGCAGCACCGGCAGCCCGGGCACGCCGGCUGCCCCUAGCCAGGAGCCUUUUCCUUCUGCUCCCACCUCCCCCGGGCAGCAGGGGCAGCAGCAGCAGCAGGGGCAGCAGCAGCAGCGUCCCCAGCCGCAGCCCGUCGAGGACCCGCACUGCAACAUCAGCGUGCAGCGCCAGAUGCUGAGCUCGCUGCUGGUGCGCUGGAGCCGCCCGCUGGGCAUCCAGUGCGACCUCCUGCUCUUCUCCACCAACAGCCACGGGCGGGCUUUCUUCUCCGCCGCCUUCCACCGCGUGGGGCCGCCUCUCCUCAUCGAGCACCUGGGGCUGGCGGCCGAGCUGCGGCUCUGCGUGGGCUGCAGCUGGGUGCGGGGCCGGCGGGUCGGGCGCCUGCGGGGAGCCGCACCCCAAGCCCCCGCCGCAGCCUCCUCCUCCUCCUCGUCCUCCUCCUCCUCGCUCUCCUACCCUCCGGCGGCCGAGCCCGGGCAAUACUGGCUGCAAGGGGAGCCGCUGAAUUUCUGCUGCUUGGAUUUCAGCCUGGAGGAGCUGAAGGGAGAGCCCGGCUGGCGGAUGAACCGCAAACCCAUCGAGUCCACCUUGGUGGCUUGCUUCAUGACUCUGGUCAUCAUCGUUUGGAGCGUGGCCGCCCUCAUCUGGCCGGUGCCCAUCAUCGCCGGGUUCCUGCCCAACGGCAUGGAGCAGCGCCGAGGGACCACCGCUGCCCCCACGGCCACCGCCGCUGCCAAGUAGCCUCUUCCCGUGCCCCCUCCCUCCUUCCCCGUCCUGUGAUGUGCAGGGAUGCCCCGGAGACGUGUUCUUUUUUUCCUCCUUUAAAGCGUGUCACGGGUGCCCUGCCCUGCCCUGGAGACGACCAAAUCCUGUGUGCUCCUUUUAUAUCUUUAAUAUCCGUUUUAAACGAACCUUUUAGUAAAAAAGAAGGGGAAAAAAAAGAGAACACCUCCCCCUCCCCUCCAAAAAAAAAAAAUCAACGCAGGGAAUAAAAGACCCUCCCCUUCAACCCCAAUUGUUGUAGUCGGAGUAGCUUUUUGUAUAUGAAGUACAGUUGGAGCGGGUUUUGUUCUUUAUUUACAAAGUCUCUUUUUUGCAGGGUCGAGAACCGAAGCAGUAUAUAUAUAUAUUGUUAUUGCUGAAGCUGAACUUUCCUGAACCUUUUUUUCACUGUAUUUCCCUGUUGACAGUGUGUAUUUAUUAUUGUAGCUCUGCGUUAUUUGGCUUUUAAUACAGAGGUUUUCUUUCUGGAGCUGCUGUGGCCUCUUGUGAGUCUGUUUUCGCCAGGGUGGAAUUGAGAGUUUGGCUGAUUUUGCCAUCUGCAAACUGCCUGUGAAGCUACUCUUUCCCCAUGAUGUUUCCAGGGUUGUUGGUGGAAAAGGGAGAAUCCCAGACCAUUUCCAAAUGAUGUUUGCCCUACUCGUACAGUUGAUUUAGGUCUUUAUACCUACAUUGGGGUUGAGUGGGAUGGGGAACGUCUCUCUGCCAGAUGCCCUCCAAGGUGAUUUACUUAUCACCGCUCCACAGACUGUGUCUUACUUCUUGGUUUGAGGUCCGGUGGUUUCAGUCCUGGGAAGAUGAGGCCCACUGUUUGAGAGGUGUUAAAAGCAGCGUAGGGACAAGUCUCUGACUUGCACAAAGUGCAUUCCUCCAAACCAGCUCGGAUGCAGAGCGUUUGUUGAAAGCACGGCGUUUAUCGUACCUCUUUUUCAACUAGCAGUCUGCAGGGUUGCUCACAGAAAGCCUGUGAGGUGGAGAGAAGGCAGGAGCUCCCAGUCCAGGACUAGAUUAAGUCUGCCACCAAGUAAGCAUGCAAAGAAGAGAGAUUUGCAAGAUUUUGUCUUUAUUGUUUGAGCAGACAGUUGCAUAGCCUGAAAUAUCAUUGGUUGUACAUGUCCAAAUAUUCAGCCUUAUAGCAUGUUGUUUCAUUUGCCUUAGAUGCAAUAAGUCCAGCUGAAGUUGCAAAAACCAAAAUGUGAGCUGAGUGAGAAGGAUUUUCAGUAGGAAUUCUCAUUCCUUUGUCAACAUCAAUUUAUUUAAUUUGUUAGGAACACGUGAGCUCACUUGGGGCUUAUUUGGCAUGUUUGUAAUAUUGUUUUCUUACCUGUGGUUUGUUGGAAAUAACUGGAUUAAAAGUCUGGAGGGAUUAAACUCUUAGGAAUUCUAUUUUUUAAAUUGAGAACAAAAUAAAAUAAAUGCAUGCCUGUGUGUAUGCUACCUGGAAAAAAAAGCAGAGGGAAAAAGAUUGACAAACAGCAGAAAUAAAUUAAGAUUUUAAAGUGUUCCAUGUUACUGGACUACCUCUACACCCACUGUUUCUCCUAUUGAUACACCCACUGUUGAUCUUAAUAAGCAUGUCACUUGAGUAAACAUUGCAGCAGUAUUGUUUUCAGAAAGUAGAGGAUCCAGUCACUGUGAGAAUUGUUCAUUUGACUUAUUGAUCUGAAGGGCAUCUUCCCCCAUAUGCUUAGUUUACAGAGCCCUACUUUUCUUUCCUUAAUGUGGGAAACGUAAUGUCAUUUCCACCUUGUGCAAGUCCUUUUAUGCACAGACACACGACGUACUAGAGAUCUGUUAUUUGCCUAUAAUGCCCUGUGUGAUAGAGAAGCUUCUUCAUGCUGACAGGCAAGGUUAGCAAGAGAAUGUGAAGCUGGAGUUAACACCCUCCUGAAAGAGAAAUGCUCUAACUAUGAAAUAAGCCUCAGAAGAGUUGCCGUGCCAAGAACGAAUUUCUUCUUUUAAGUGAAAAUACAUUUAGGCAUAGAGUUUCUUCUUUUGCGUGAGAUACUUUUAGGCAGAGAGUUCACAACUUCUGUGGGAAAUUUCGCUGGCUCUGUAGUGUACGGUGUGUAGAACUCACUGUCAUCCAUACAGCCCAUGCUUGAACUCACUGCUGGAAUCUCUUUUUUUGCUAAUUCUACUUUCUGCUGUUGGGUCUUUUUUAUUGAAUUACAUCAACAUAAGCAAGAUAAUGCUGUUACAGUCUGAAACAGGCAGCUUCAGCUAUUAAAGGGUCGUUAUUUGCAAUUCUUACACGUACCAAGAACAGUAAAACUGGUACAGAAUGGUUUUGGGGUAUGUCAGAUAUCUAACUUCUGCCAAUUUCAAUUGCCUCGUGAACAGGCAACACCACAGAGAAUAUUUUGCUACUUCACUUAAAAAGUGUGGUAGGGAUUCUCUUUAUAAAUACUCUUAUAAGUGGAGCUGCUGUUAUAAAAGGUGAAAUGUUUAAAACACAAGGAUGGCAUUAAAAAACAAACCAACCAACCAACCAAAGCCCAAAAGGCAAAUCUUGUCCAGAGUACGAAAUGCUGCAACAUUCUCAGGGAGUAGUGAUCUCAGAUACAAAAUGCAAAGAGCAUUUCCCAGAUAGGGAAAGUGUUUCCUUAGCUCACAGUAACCACCAGGGUAAGCAUGUUUGUUCCCUUUGCAGAGGGAAGAUAGUAGAUGUUUCUGGGCACAGAGAUUACCUAAUGUACAGUGUUUAUCCUGGACCGAACUCCCCAAACCCUUGGCUUUCAGCAAAGUGGCCGCAGGGUUUCUCCUGUAAAGAACUGAGUUGCGAGCUUUGGUGUAUGCUGCUAUUCUGCAUAGUUGUGCCCUUGGGCCCGAGUUUAACAGGGAAGUGAUUUAACAACUUUCACAGUCUGGAGUGUUGUUAUGGAAAUGCAUUAUGCAGACCGUGAACUUUUUCAGUCACCAUUACAUCUAGCACCAAGAACCCUGUUCCCAUAGCUGGGGCUGCUACUAUGACUUCAAACAACUGAUAAUUUUGAGCCACAAAAGACAAACACAACUUUUGCCUGCAUACAUGGGAAUUUAAUCUGAAUUAAACUGAGAAGAGUCAAGCCCAGAGCAAUAUAAAAAUGAUAGAUCUCCACACCAGCUAGCUUCAGAUUUCAACUCGAGACACCAGUAUGUGUAUUUAUUUUCUUUUUUCACUGGCAGUAGAUUUUUAUUGUCUCUUUACUGAGGAUGAUUCUAAGCCAUUUUUAUUUGUUUGGAUUUCUUUUUAAAACUACUGACUGGUACCAAGAUCAGCACAAGAAUGGAAUUAGUCAUCAUAUAUAAUCCUUCAUGUACUCAGGGAGGGUAUGUAUAUGCACAUAUAUACAUACAUCUAUAUAUUAGGACUUACUGUGUACAACAGAAAGUGGAAACAAAAGAGUGAAAAAGAAUGGUGAGAAACAAAUACUACUGAACAAGUAAUACUGGUUUUCGUUCCCUAAUUAUUUAUUGGGUAAUGCUUCCUAGCAAGUUAUUCUGACUUUAUUUAUGUAAUUGUGGCUUUUUUGGAAAGCAACGGAUACCUAGAAACAGAGGUGAUUUCUUGAUUUCCUUUUUAUGCAAUCCAACUAUAUUAUAGGGUUUUUUCUUUUUCACUCCAGGAACCCAGAACUCUCUCAGGGGAGAGAUAUCACAUUAGAAGACGAGGGUUGUAUGCUAGUGUUAGACUGGUACAUUUUUUUCUGUGUAUUCAGACCUCAGAACUGAAUCUUUCUCCCUCACAUACUUGCUUAGUUAUGUUUUAUAGCUCUAUCAGAAGCAGAAAUAUAUAGAUGGAUAUGUAGUUUUAGCAUGGACACAGUUUCGCUGUUAUUUACUGCCACAUUGAUUCCCGUAAUAAAACUAUAAAAAUGUAGUACAGUGUAAUAAUAUUUUUUGUAUUAUGUAAACAUGCUGUUGCUCAAUUUGUUAUUGAUGAUCAAGAGCAUUUUUGUGUGUCAGCAGGUACGUGGAUAUUUGGGGCAAAAUUGCCAUACUUGGAUAAACGUGAAAGCUGUUACUUAUUCCGGGCUUAGUUCAUCAGUGCUUUCGAUGAUUAAUCGGACUGCAACAGCAGUACUAUUUGUGCAGUGAAUAUUACUCAAUAUGAGUAAGGGCUACUGAGCCAAGCCCUAACAAAAACUAAUUAACCCCCUUACUUAGCUGAGUAAGUAUUAUUCAUCCUGACUUCCACUUGCUAAAUAAAAGUGUCUACAGGGCUGACAUUACAUGAUCCCAGGGGCUGAACAAGAGUCUAGUGAAAUCAAAUUGUUAACUGAAGUUUCAUGCGACCGAAGAUCAAAGAAUCUGUUUUAAACUUAUAUCUCUAGAUAUAAGAGUAGGUAUUGCUUUCUUGUUACUCUCUGUUUUUUAUACACAUAGUUCAUAUAUCCAAAGCCAGGAUUUCUCAGUCCAGUGUAGGGACUUGUAGUUUGGAAAUUGUCUUCUUUCUGAAGCUAGUGUGAAAACUGCCAGUUAUUUUCUGAGGAGUUUUACUGAAUAAAUGUGUUUUUUCCCCAACAUAUUUAAUAUUGACUUUUCAGAAAACAUUUUAAUGAUUAUGAGAAUAUGUGUAAAUAUGAAAUCCUAAAUGUAUUUGGAUUUCAAAACAUAAAAAAAUCUCUUUAAGCAGUAAUCAAUUUUUAAAAGCAUAUAUUUAAACAAAAACAUUGGUUUCCAUUUCAUCCCCCUUCAAAAGUAGAACAUUACAAUGAAAAUCAGAGGUGCAUGUGAGUGUUUUACCUUGCAAAAGUGAUUUUGGGGGGAAUUCCCCCCCCCAUUUA